GGCCCCUCGGGGCGCAUGGCCGCAGUGCCCUGGGUGUCAGCGCGUUACUUCUCAGUCAAUUCACAUCGCCACCCUGAACUCUCUGGAUUUCUUGCAAGAUGAAAGGAGACAACCAUGAAUGAGCCAUUAGACAGUUUUGCAAAUGCGUCUGAUUUCUCCAGUCAUGGCGCUGCUUUUGGAAACUGCACUGACGAGAAAAUGCCCCUCAGGAGGCAGUACCUCCCUGCUAUUUACAGCAUCAUCUUCCUGGUGGGCUUCCCCGGGAACGCCCUGGCUAUUCCCACGUACAUUUUCAAAAUGCGGCCCUGGAAGAGCAGCACCAUCAUCAUGCUGAACCUCGCCUGCACGGACCUGCUCUAUCUCACCAGCCUCCCUUUCCUCAUCCACUACUACGCCAGUGGCGAGAACUGGAUCUUCGGCAAGUUCAUGUGCAAGUUCGUCCGCUUCAGUUUCCAUUUCAACCUGUACAACAGCAUCCUCUUCCUGACCUGCUUCAGUGUCUUCCGCUACUUUGUGAUCAGUCACCCAAUGAGCUGUUUCCGUGUGCACAAAACCCGGUGGGCCGUGGUGGCCUGUGCCUCGCUGUGGGUCAUCUCCCUGGUGGUGGUUGUCCCCAUGACCUCCCUGAUCACGUCAACCACCAGGACCAAUACCUCGGACUGCCUUGACCUCACCAGUUCGGAUGACCUCACUACUCUCAAAUGGUACAACCUCAUUUUGACUGCAACUGCUUUCUGCCUCCCCCUGGUGAUCGUGACUCUUUGCUACACGAUGAUUUUCUUCACCCUGACUCGCGGGCCUCACACCCACAGCGGCCUGAAGCAGAAAGCUCGGAGGUUGACCAUUCUGCUGCUCGUGGUGUUUUAUGUGUGUUUUUUACCCUUCCACAUCUUGAGGGUCAUUCGGAUUGAGUCUCGCCUGCUUUCUAUCAGCUGCUCCAUGGAGAAUCAGAUCCAUGAAGCUUACAUCGUUUCCAGGCCGCUGGCUGCCCUGAACACCUGCGGCAACCUGUUCCUGUAUGUGGUGGUCAGCGACAACUUCCAGCAGGCCGUCUGCUCCAUGGUGAGGUGCAAAGCCGGUCGGGACCACGAGCCGGCAAAGAAAACCGGUUACUCAAACAACCCUUGACCAAAGAGAAAGGCCCGCCGAUGCUUUCCCCGUAAUUUCUAAGAAGUCCAGACUGUCUCCCUGAAUGGAAGUCUCAGGAAAUAGUGUGCUUUCAGGUAAUUGUGUGUCAAAGCCAGGGCAAGAGUCCUUUGCCCCCAUGUAUCGAGAGCCUCCCUGGGGUAGAUAUAUGAAUGGGAGACAUACAUAUUAGCCGAGGAUUAGAAAAGAAAAUGGAAACCGUUGGAACUCCAGGCCACACCGGAGAACACACGUCCAAGGUAUUUUGGUGAGUGAGCGCCAAGGCAGGAGAAAGCCAAUUUUUCCCUCCUGGUUUCAUACUUCUUCCUGCUGAGGCCAAUUUGUAUUGAACUCCCUGACUAUUCAAGGUAUUAUUUGUAUCUUUUUCAAUAUUCAUUUUUAUUUUUACAUUUCAUAUUUUUAAACCUUUUUUCAAAUUUCACUUUGAGGUUAUGAAACUAUAUUUUUCGCUGGGCUUCAGCUAGUUUGGUAGAUUAAAGCAAGUCAGUACCAUACACUUGGGAUCAUUCAAAGAUGUCAAUGCAAAAAGCUAAAACGAAUACCUGGAAGACAUUUGGGGGAUAAUAUCUUUGUUGUUGUAGAUCAUUCUCCAAGUUGUAAUUGAAGUUAUAGAAGUUAUCAAGUUGUAUUUGUUAUUAUUAACAUGUCAUGGGGAAAGAGAGGGCACUUUGGGGGAAGAGAGGAACUUUUAAAUAUGUGUAUAUUGGGUAUUCAAUAAAAUCUAACAUAUAUUUGAUUUCUCUCUGUGGGAAAAUAUUCCAGGAAACACUACUUCUCUUUACAUACCUUUCUCCUAUGUGACUACCAUGAAAAUAUGACUUCUACUACAAUAGCAAAAGCUAUUUUUGAAUUGUGCGUGUGCUUAAUUAUCGCUAAGUGUAAAUAGCUGAGAAAAUGCCUAGUCGGAACAUUUGAAACCGUAGCAAAUGUGUUGAUAUAAUUAAUAAACUAAUUUGAAAAUCA